AUGACCUCUCGCUACAAUUUCACCCAGAGUCCCCCAAUUCAACAAGAUUUUUAUGCGGAGCAACAGACAGCAAUGUUGCAAGACUACCAAAUGGUAGAAGAUGAUAUCGAACAACAAAUAACACUCGCUAGAAAUGACACCAAAAACUUAUACACACAAAUAGAUAAAGUUAAGAAGAAAAUACAAGAUUCCAGCUUGUUAGAAAUGACCACGCGAGUGCCACCAUUAAACAAGAACUCAAUAAAUUUGAAGGCUACAAUUGAUUUAAAGGGCCAUAAUAACAAAAUAGCAGACUUCCGGUGGAGCCGAAAUUCGAAAAAUAUAUUAAGUGCCUCGCAGGAUGGCUUCAUGCUACUGUGGGAUGUGGCCACCGGAUUAAAACAAAAUGCUAUACCUCUAACCUCCCAAUGGGUAUUAUCGUGUGCCCUGUCCCCUUCUGGAAACCUUGCAGCCAGUGCUGGACUUGAUAACAAUUGCACGGUUUACAAAAUCUCGAAGGAAAACAGAAUACAACAGAACGUCAUUACAAUUUUUAAGGGACAUACAGGAUACAUAUCUAGCAUCGAUUUUUUAGAUGAAAGGCAGAUACUUUCGGCUAGUGGUGAUAUGACUUGUGCAUUAUGGGAUAUCCCCAAAGCAAAAAGGAUAAGGGAAUAUACUGAUCAUUUGGGUGAUGUCCUUGCCCUGGCCCUCCCCCACAACGACAAUGCUAACGGAAAGAUAUUUGCUAGUUGUGGCUCAGAUGGGUAUCUUUACAUUUGGGACACACGGUCUCCAGCAAACGCCCAAAGUUUCUUCAUCAGCAGUAGUGACGCAAGUUCUUUGCAAUUUUUUAGAGACGACAACUCGAUCAUAGCCGGGAGCGAAAAUGGUACUAUCAGCAUGUUUGAUUUGAGAUCAGACUGCCGGUUAGAGGAAUAUGCAUUAUCUUCUGGGUUAUCCAAGAAUCUGGAGACGCCAACCUACUCUGCUGCCAGCAUGGAAUACAGGAAAAUGAUUCCUGAAUCAAUGGCAAUUUCUUCCAUUCCCACAGGGUAUCUAGAUAGUCAAGGUGUUGUGUCAUUAGAUUUUAGUAGUUCUGGGCGAUUAAUGUACGCUUGUUACACAGAUAUGGGAUGUCUUGUGUGGGACUUGCUGAAAGCAGAGGUUGUGGGAAAGCUGGAAGGGCAUUCCAAUCGUGUAUCAGGGAUGAGAACAAGUCCAGACGGUCUUGCCGUUUGUACAGGUUCCUGGGAUUCCACAAUGAAGAUUUGGUUUCCAGCGUACAAUUAG